AUGCCGUUUAUGGACGCGUACGCACAGCAAGGAACCCCCGGAGUUCAACCGGAGGUGUACAUACAGCCUGUGGCGGGCGUUCCGCAGCUGCCUCACACGUACUUUGGUGCACACAUGAAUCACGGAGGGUUUUCAUCCCUUCCGCAUUCGAGACCAAACCCUCUUUGGCUCUCUGGAACUCCUAGCAACCCGCCAGGAGGGCCACAAGGGGGGCAACAAGGCGAAGGGUACUUCCACAUGUACCCCGGUUUUCCGUCCCCUGAGGACUCGCCGCUGUCGGCGUCGUCUUUUGGAUCGCACAAGGAGGCCUCUUAUAGCCAGGUGGAAGACCCGACUGGGCGCUACGGACUUAAUGAAAGCUUGCUUGCUGGAGAUCCGCAAACUUCACAGAGGGACACGUUUUGGCCCUCUGCUACUCCGGCUGGUGCGUUCCAAGUUCCUCCUAGACAGCCAGCUAGGAUGCCGGGGCAGCAGUCACAAAUGGACUACUCGACUGGCGGCUACCCUUCGAGUUUUCCUAAUCCCCCUGUGAGCAGGUUACCCCAUUAUGCCUUUUCAAGCGGUGUAUCUCCAGAGCGGCAAUUUGGGGCAUAUGCAGCGAGAGAUCCAGCAGCUGGCUAUUUCGAUAUUGGCCAGCAGCCAGCCUGGCCGUACCAAGUCCCCAAUGCUCCAGAGGCGUAUGCCCAGCAAUCUCAAGACCCACUGCAUAGUUCAGGAGCACAACGCGCUUUUAACAGUUCCUACGGGUCAGGAGAUCAAGCUAGGUUCCUCCCCCCAGUUAAAAGCGAACAGCCUCACGGGUCGCCUCAUGCAGAGGACGGCAACAAAGCAGGUGCUGAAUCUUCUGUGCCCUCAUUCUAUUCCGAUAGCUCUGCAUUCGGGGAUGAGUAUGUUCCACGCUAUUACGCCCCGAAAAGUUUCAACACGGCAGAUGUUCAAGGGACAAAGCGGACGCAGCCCACAGAUCGACCAGCGACCUGGGGGGCUGCUCCUCGGCGCGCGGCACAUGCAGGCGCGCGCCGAGAGCUGCGGGAGCCAAGCCGGCAGGAACAAAAAACAUAUUUCGACCGAGUCACAGAAGAGGACGAAGGCAAAGAGAAGGCUGACGGAAGAGAUGAUGGAGGAAAAGAAAGGGAAAAGGAAAGAGAGGCGUGGACCGAGGAACAAGAUGUCGUUGACAGAAGGCUCUGUCUCGCGCGGACACCCAUUGAGGCGAUACUCGUCACAGGGGAUUUUGCAGGGAAGGCGUGUCUUGAGGACGAGGAGGAACAAAAAUGGAGAAAGAGGUUGUAUGAGCUGUGGCAAGGCGUGCUCCCUCUAGACAAACGAAAUAGAGAGACUUUUCUUCGAGGUCUCUACUAUGAAACGCGUUUGAGAUCGAGAGCGAACAUUCGAGUUCUGGUGCUCAAUUCUUUUCUCUACUCUGUGCCUGCUAAUGACGACCCGAGAGGCUCCCCUGUCUCUUCCUCCUCGACUCCUGAAACGACAGAGGGCGCCAGAGAAAGUGACGAAGAACAAGAUGAUCCUCGUCUUUUCAUGGCUCGGAUUUCCUGUUCCUUGCUGCAGGUGAUUUUGGCCGGACACAUCCCUCCCGGGGUGGCUGAGGAUGCCGAAGACUGGUUCGAGGGGAGAAGCAAGCCGCUGUGGAAGGCGAAAUUCACACGACGGGGUCGAGACCCCACCUGGAGUCUGCUGCUCUUCUCGCCGUACACAUACACGCAGCGCCUGCCCGAGAGCAGAAGUCCAGUUUUCUCCAGAGAAGACUGGCCAGUCAAGGAGCUGCUGCUACCACGGCCGCGCUAUGUUCUCCAAGAUCUUUUCAGCUACUCGCUGUCGCUCCACUUCGCCGCGGAGAGUCCGCUCGAGUCUCUCGAGACCGACGUGGAGACUGCACUCGGCUUCCGCGAAGCCGGACGCAAGCUGCAGGCAGACAGUUUGUCCAGUAAAGCAGCGCGCGCGAGCGAGAGAAACCAGUGCGGCAGGCAAGCAGCGGCGGCCGACGCGGCGAAGACGACAGAGCGAGAACGCGAGGGACAGGAGAGAGAGAGAAGGAGAAAAGAGAGAAAGGACGACAACCCAAACGAGGCCGUGAACCCCCUUGAAAAAAGCGCUUCCCCGUCUCCCUCCGCAGCGGCAGGCAAAACCGAGGCGCCGGUUGCUGGCGGAGCUUCAGAAGACAGGAGGCGUCUCUCGUCCCCAUGCCCACCAACAGACACAAAGAGUGGAACAACAGAGGGUGAGGGAACAGAAGAAGACGGAGGAGAGGGAGACGAAGCAGCAGUGAAAGGAGGAGAAAACCACGAAUGUGCGAGGGAAGAUACUGUGGACAAUGAAAGAGCAAGAGAAGCAGCACAGGGAGAAACAGCAGAGAGAGAAGCAGCAGAAACGAACGAAGCAGAAGUGAAAGAAGCAAGAAAGAAUAGAUCUGAGAGGAAAGCAACUGCGGAGCAAGAAGGAGUAAGAGAAGCGGCGGAAGUUGACGGGAUAGCAUGGAGCGCGUCGGAGAGAGGCGAACGCGAAAAUGACACGAUAGAGGAAGAAGAGCUUACUAGACAUGAGACACCCAUUCACGAUUGGUUGGCGACGGCGCGGAAGGAAAAAGGACCCCAGACCGAGGAACAGAAGGACUCAGAGCCUUCCCUGCGGAUCGCCGUAGAGCCUGCGUUUUCGCCAUUUGUGCAGGAAGAAUCUCGGCAGUCGGUAACGACAGACGUCGCGCCUGUUUCGGACCCAUCGCUGCCUUCACUAGACCGAACCACCGUGGAAGCCGGUGCAGAGAGAAACAGAAACGCAGGCAAAGUCGAAUUCGAGCAGGAAGCGCAGAGCAGCCGCCAGACCGCAGUUUGGAAGCGCAGCACCGCGUCGACCAGCCGAGCCCCAGUGGAGAUCGCAGAAGCAGCAGGGAGAAAGAAAGAGACACACGACAAAGAACGCAGCGGAGACGCAGGAGCAGAAGGCGAAAGCAUCGACCGGCAAAUGGCGUUCAACGCACACCACGUCGGCACGCAGGACGCCGGCGUCUGCAAACAGGGAAGAGACACAGACGCCGUUUCUUCUCCCUCCACAGGACGAUCGUCAGAGUCUUUCGAGCUCCCGCCUCUGCCGCCCGUCUCGCCUGUCGAUGGCACCAGUGUGGGGUGCAGAGAUUCGUCGACAGAAAGUCUUGCCGUUGCAAGAGACUCUGCGAGCUCCACGGAACGCGCGGCGAGUCCGAGCGCGAGCGCGAACGAAGAACGGCGACGGCGACGACUGCAUGUCGCCCAGCCUGCCUUCACGCUUCACUACGUUUUCACGAGUGUUCACAGAGCGCCUUGUCUCGCCGCGCCGGUUCUCGCGGAACUCGCAGAACGAGGCCGCGACCGACGCCAUUUCUUCGCGCUGCAGAUGCUCCUGCAGGCGUUCUCACCCCAGGCUCCUCCCGCAAGUGUGUACUGCGAAACGCGCUUCCUGGAGGCGAGUGACUAUCUCGCUUGUCUACGAACGCUGACAAAGAACAGGCAUCGGGACAAGCGCGAGAGAGCCGGGGAAACCUGA